CUUUUACCAACUUAAAGAGCGGUUUAGAUUUCCCUUAUUCUUCGCCACAAGAGUACAGUUCCACCGGUACUCCCAUCUUUCCAACUCCCAAUUGGACUCUCCCCAUUAUAAUUAGCAUUUUGGAGAACCCAUAAUAGUAAGCUUUCUCUCGAUAGUAAAUUCAAGCAGAUUUGAAGUCUCUGAAAGAUUUAAGAUUGGAUAAAAAGAAACCAUGAUAUCAAUCAAAAUAAAUACAAUGGCGAAGAUGCCAGCUGUAGGACUAGGAACAUGGCAGAGCGAUCCUGGUGUUGUGGGAAAUGCAGUGAAGAUGGCUAUAGAGGCUGGCUACAGACAUAUUGACUGUGCAAAGAUAUAUGGCAAUGAGAAGGAGAUUGGCCUUGCACUCAAAGAAAUGAUCCAAAAGAAUGUUGUAAAGCGUGAGAAUCUAUGGGUUACCUCCAAACUCUGGUGCACCCAUCAUGCUCCAGAAGACGUGCCUGAAGCUUUGAACAGUACUCUGCAGGAACUGCAACUCGACUAUCUUGAUCUUUACCUGAUACACUGGCCCAUGCGAUUGAAAAAAGGUACAAAGGGAUUUGCCCCCGAAAACUUUUGCCCACUUGAUAUCCGCAGCACAUGGCAAGCAAUGGAGAAACUUCUGGAUUCUGGCAAAGUUCGUGCUAUUGGGGUGAGCAAUUUUUCUACCAAGAAGCUUGAGGAAUUGGUGAAGCAUGCAGCAAUUAUGCCAGCUGUGAACCAAGUGGAAUGCCAUCCUAUGUGGCAACAAACCAAUCUUCACAAUUUUUGCAAGAAACAUGGUAUACACAUAACAGCGUACUCACCCCUAGGUUCUCCAGGCAGUAGACUUGUUAAAACAAAAGUGAAUGUCCUAGAACAGCCUGUUGUGAAGCAAGUGGCAGAGAAAUUGGGAAAGACACCUGCACAAGUUGUGCUGCGCUGGGGAAUACAGAGGGGCUGCAGCGUGCUGCCUAAGAGUACCAGUGAGGAAAGAAUAAAAUCUAACUUAGAUGUGUUUGAUUGGUCAAUACCGCAAGAUUUGAUGGACCAGUUUCAACAAAUUGAACAGGAGAGGCUACUUCGCGGACAGUUCUUUACUCAUGACACAUGUGGCCCAUACAGGAAGGUGGAGGAUCUUUGGGAUGGUGAAAUCUAAGCAAAUUUGUGAUUUUCAGUUUAAUAUUUCUGGACCACAAGAAUUACAAGUAGUGAAAGGCUGAAUGUCGAGCGAUAGUUUUCAUUUUUGUUGAAUUUAUGAAGAAAUAAAAAGAUUAGGUAAUGUGAAGUGGGUCAAAAUAUUUGUUUGCUUCUAUUAGAGGAAGACAAAAUUUAACAUUUGUUCAAUCAAGCUUACAAUUUGUUUUCUUCU